AUGGCCGGGCGGGGCUGCGCCUCCGGGCACCUCGGGAGGCAUGACCGGGGCCCGCCGCAGGAGGAGCCGGGCGCUGGGAGGAGGCGGUGGCAACAGCACUAUCACCAGCCGCAAUACGAGGAUGCUUCAUUCCCGGUUCUCCAUUCAGCCCCUCGGGCGCCGGCGCCGGCGGCCGCCUCCUGGGCUGCUCUGGCUUCUGUUGCUCUCGGAGAGCGUAGGCGCCGGUGCCCGGAGGAGGCCGAAAGCGCGCCCGCUAUGGAAAGCGCCGAGCCGUGCUUGGGGCCGCUACGAGCGCGCCCCCGCCCCCGCCGCGCGCUCUGGGAGUUGCUCCGGCAAGGCCGCCGCUGCCCGAGCGUGGCCAGGCGGCAGUGGCGUCUGCUGGCGGCCGUCCUGACCUGCUGCACCGCGCUGGCCUUGUACGCCGUCAGCACCCUGCAGCCGCCGUCACCCACGGGGCGGCCCAUGGACGCCGCCGGAGAGCCGCUCGUGACGGUGCUGCUGUGGUGGGAGCCCUUCGGGCUGAGCCGGCGCUUGGGCGACUGCCUGCGCCUCUUCAACGUCAGCGGCUGCCGCCUCACCACCGACCGCGGGCGCCUGCAAGAGGCGCACGCCGUCCUCUUCCACCACAGGGACCUCAUCUCGCAGGGUCCUGGCCAGAUACCCCGGCUGCGGCCCCCUGCCCAACGGUGGGUAUGGAUGAACUUCGAGUCGCCCUCCCACACCCACGGGCUCCGCGACUUGACCGGCCUCUUCAACUGGACCAUGUCCUACCGGGUGGACUCGGACGUCUUCGUGCCCUACGGCUACCUCCGGCCCAGCCUGGGCCUGGAACGCCACCUGACCUUGCCUAGGAAGACCAAGCUGGUGGCCUGGGUCAUCAGCAACUGGAACGAAGAGCAUGCCCGGGUACGCUACUACCGCCAGCUGAGGGACUACCUGCCCAUUGACGUGUACGGGGCCCAGGGCCUGGAGCUGAAAAAUGACAACGUGAUCAAGACCGUCUCGGAGUACAAGUUCUACUUGGCCUUCGAAAACUCCCAGCAUCCGGACUACAUCACCGAGAAGCUCUGGAGGAACGCCUUGAAGGCCUGGGCCGUGCCUGUCGUAUUGGGGCCAUCCAGGUCGAACUAUGAGCUUUUUGUGCCCUCUGAUUCUUUCAUACAUAUUGAUGACUUCUCCAGCCCCAAGCAGCUGGCCUUGUACCUGAAAUUCCUUGAUAAGAACAAGAGCAGCUACCGGAGGUAUUUUGCCUGGAGGAAGCGGUACGAUGUCCAGGUGACGUCUUUCUGGGACGAACAUUGUUGCAGGGUUUGUGAUGUGGUCAAGACUGCGGGGAAGCAAUUCAAGACCAUACAGAAUCUAGCCAACUGGUUUGAGAGUUCACCGCGUGGGGUUGGCUAGUUGAUCAUGCAAGAACCUCUAUUUAAAAAA